UCACUUCCGUUGCAGCUUUGAGGUUUUUUCCCCCCUCCGAGUAAAGAUGGCGACGGCGCAGCUAACAGACGAUGAGCUUUUCUCUGAGUUAAAGAGCUUUGGAUUCACUCCAGGCCCGGUCUCCGAGAAUACGAGACCGGUUUAUUUGAAAAAACUAAAGAAACUACGUGAGGAACAACAACAGAAAGGAGGAACCAGAGCGGGGAAAAACCGAAACAGCAGCAGUAUCAACAACAACAGUAGUAGCGGUGGUAACGGCAGCUACACAGCGGCGGCGGCGGGAGCUUCGGGAUGCGGAGCCAGGCCAGCUAGCCGUGACGUCACGCCCCGGAGCCCCGGUGGUCGACCGGUCCUGAACGAAAAGCGAACUGGUGGAGCGGGGAAGUUCGUAUUGGGUUUUAGUUCGGACGAAUCGGACGUAGAUGACCCGAAGAAAAAACGAGGAGCGAACCACAGCGGUAGGAGAGACCGAGGUUCCGCGUAUCAACAACAGAUCAGGCCUACAACGGGAGCUGCUACCGCCACUCGGAAGAGCCUGGGAGUCGCUGUGAGUACCAGCAGUAACAACUCCUCUCCCGUCGGGCUGCUGGAGGGGAGGAGAAGCGGACCCGGUUCUCUCGGUUGGGUGGACCGGGGAAAAUCGAGCCUCGAGGUCUCGCGGGCCGCGGAAGUGAAGGGUUACGACGAAGAGCCCGAAGAAGACGACGAUUUUCAAGGGGAGACGGAGAGAGACAGUCGGUCUCUGAAUGGGAACAGGACGUCUUACUCACUGAACGCCAGUAGUAAGAAAGUCGGUGAUUACUCAGAUUCGGAGGAAGAGGAAGAAGGGGGGAUAAUAUCUGGGCAGGACCGUCAACGAGACCGGCGCUUACAGCAACACUACUCCAGACGGAGUCACUCCUCCAAGCCGUCUCCCUACAGAAGUGUCAGGGGGGCAGAGAGCGGACAGGAAACGACUGGCGGCAUGGAAAUCAGGCUAAACGACACGCCUGGCGCUAGUAGAAGUCGACUAGACAUGAUGGGAGGCCGGGGGGAGGAGGAGGAGGAGGAAGAAGAGGAAGAAGAGGGAAAGGAACGAGGCCCCGGCGAAUCGUCCCUGAGCGGGAGCUUGCUGCGACGCCAUUACCCCAGGGGGACCAUCUACGUGUCGGCUGUGAUGGGGGAGAGCGACCGCGGCAGCCCCGGGGAAAGCAGCGGCAACAAUUCCCCGUCCUCCGCCUACAACAAAAACCACAUCGACAGCGGGGAUGGCGCCACAAGUAGCAGCAGCAGCAGAUUCAGCAUCGGCCUGAGACCGCGAUUCUCCAACUACAACAGUCUAUCCGCUACUUACCGACCCAACCAUUCAAAUCAUAGCGGUCCCAACCAUGCCUACAGCCAGUCGAGUCUCAAGCAGAAGCACACGGUACCGGAGGAUGAGCUGCUCCAGCAAUUCAAGCGGGAGGAGGUGGGGUCGUCCACCGGUGGUUGGGGGUUCAGUGCCCACUACCUGUCCAUGUUCCUGCUCAUGGCCGCCUGCCUGUUCUUUCUCCUGCUCGGCCUCAUGUAUCUCCGGAUGAGGGGGUCUGGAGCCUCUGAGGUCGAUGUUGUCGGUAAGUAUCCAGCCGAGUAA